AUGCGUGCGUUCACGACCUCAAGUUCGAGAGCGUCGCGGCAAAAAGUCGUGAACUAUCUCCGCGGGAAUGCGGGUAUCGUCCGCGAAGACCGAAACUACAGUAAGCAGCGCAAAGAGGGCAUCGCCGAUGCUGGAUACCGUGCGAUAGUAAAUUCACUUAUCGGCACCCGGCCCAUCUCAGAGCGGGAGCUUAGUGUGGAUGGGAAUUUUCGUUAUUUCAUCGUGGAAUGGCUCGUCUACGGAUGGCUAUCCGAGCGGCUGAAUUGCUUUUCUUGGCUUUUGCUUGCUUCACAUUUCCAUGUAAUGAUGGCUAUGAAUGUGAAGAGUGUAUGGUACGUUGGUACAUCACGAUUCGGCGCGCUGGGUGCAACGGACGAGCCGAUUAGGGCCGCAGAAGGCCGACGUCGUUAUCGGUCAGUCGGCGACCUUUGCGAAGACGCCUCGCUCCACGACCCGAGUCGCAAGCUGAUGCGCAGUAUGUGCGCGAUUGUACCCGCCAGGGAC